UAUGCUGCUUCCUGAGAGCAUCAGCACCAAUUGCUUCAGUUUCGUGACUGCUCAGGCAUGUGGAUCUUCUCACUUUUCCAAAACGGUUUCCUUAAUCACUUUGCAGUGGCUUUUCUGCUCCUGCAGAAGGCUUGAAGAUAGUGAAGGCUACAUUGCUUGUGGUAACACCCAGCUUUAAGGUGACUGCUUGAAAUCAGAAGGUGAAUUCACCAGGAAAGUGUGCUGGGGCUGCACCAAGUUCAGCUUCCUUCCAACUUGGCUUGAUAAAGACAUGGAUUGCUUACAGACCAACAUAUGUAGGGUCAAGCAUUGGGAAUUCAGUGAGCCCAUGGACCCACCCUUCCUCUGUCAUCAUCCCUGCUCGUCCUCUAGGCACUCCCUACUGCAGGAUGAAUUAGGAAGGCAAAGCCUCUUCCUCUAUACCAUGGAGACAAGGGCAUCUUUCAUUGCCACCAUGCGAGAGACGCAGCAUCCCUCCCCAGAGAAGGGUCAGAGCCCGGCCAACGGCAACGGGGAACAGUUUGAUUCAGAUGAGGGUUCCAGCACUGAGGACACAGACUUCAACUGGGAUGAGUUCCUGGAGGAAACAGGAGCCAGCGCUGCUCCCCACACCUCCUUCAAACACGUUGAAAUCAGCCUUCAAAGCAGUUUCCAACCAGGGAUGAAAUUAGAAGUGGCCAACAAGAGCAAUCCAGACACAUAUUGGGUGGCUACCAUCAUUACAACGUGUGGACAGCUCUUACUGCUUCGUUACUGUGGCUAUGGAGAUGACCGCAGGGCAGAUUUCUGGUGUGAUGUGAUGACAGCAGAUCUUCACCCUGUUGGCUGGUGUACACAGAAUAACAAGGUCCUGAUGCCUCCAGAUGCAAUCAAAGAGAAAUACAUGGACUGGACGGAGUUUCUCAUACACGAUUUGACUGGCGCCCGGACUGCACCUGCAAACUUACUGGAAGGCCCUCUGCGAGGAAAAAACCCUGUAGACCUCAUUACAGUUGAUUCCUUAAUAGAGCUGCAGGAUUCCCAGAAUCCCUUUCAGUACUGGAUAGUUAGUGUGGUUGAAAAUGUUGGAGGAAGAUUACGCCUUCGCUAUGUGGGAUUGGAGGAGACUGAAUCCUAUGACCAGUGGUUGUUUUACUUGGAUUGCAGACUUCGACCAGUCGGUUGGUGUCAAGAGAAUAAAUACAGAAUGGACCCACCUGCAGAUAUCUGUUCCUUGAAGACAAUAUCUGAAUGGAAAUGCGCUCUGGAAAAAUCCCUUAAUGAUGCAGCAAAUUUUCCUCUUCCAAUGGAAGUGUUCAAGGACCAUGCUGAUUUGCGAAACCACUUCUUCACUGUGGGGAUGAAGCUGGAGGCGGUGAAUAUAAGGGAGCCAUUUCAUAUCUGUCCUGCAUCAGUGACCAAGGUUUUUAACAAUCAUUAUUUACAAGUGACCAUUGAUGAUUUGAGGCCUGAACCCAGCAAAAUCUCAAUGCUUUGCCAUGCGGAUUCCUUAGGGAUCUUGCCAAUACAGUGGUGCCUUAAAAACGGAGUCAAUCUCACACCUCCCAAGGGUUACUCUGGCCAGGACUUUGACUGGGCAGACUACCAGAAGCAGUGUGGAGCUGAGGCUGCGCCUCACCUGUGCUUUAGAAACACAUCCUUCAGCCGUGGCUUUACUAAGAACAUGAAGCUGGAGGCGGUGAACCCCAGGAACCCUGCAGAGAUAUGUGUUGCUUCUGUCACCUCAGUUAAAGGACGGUUAAUGUGGCUUCACCUUGAAGGUUUACAGAUGCCCUCUCCAGAGUACAUAGUUGAUGUAGAGUCUAUGGACAUUUUCCCCGUUGGCUGGUGUGAGGCGAAUGCUUAUAACCUAACUCCACCACACAAAGCUGUUUUGAGAAGGAAGAGAAGAAUUGCAGUUGUGCAACCAGAAAAGCAGUUACCAUCCACAGUGCCUGUUGAGAAAAUACCUCAUGACCUCUGCCCGGUUCCCCAGCCAGACACCACAGGCACCAUCAAUGGGAGAUACUGCUGCCCCCAGCUCUACAUCAACCACCGCUGCUUCUCAGGUCCAUAUUUAAACAAAGGCAGAAUAGCAGAGCUACCUCAGUCUGUCGGGCCUGGCAAGUGUGUGCUGGUCCUCAAAGAGGUUCUCAGCAUGGUGAUCAAUGCAGCUUACAAGCCAGGGAGUGUUUUACGAGAACUGCAGCUAGUGGAAGACCCUCAGUGGAAUUUCCAAGAGGAAACACUUAAAGCAAAGUACAGAGGGAAGACAUACAGGGCAACUGUUAAGAUUGUGAGGACUUCGGAUCAGGUGGCAGAUUUCUGCAGAAGAGUCUGUGCAAAGUUGGAGUGCUGCCCCAACUUGUUCAGUCCUAUGCUGGUGGCUGAAGUCUGCCCAGAGAACUGCUCCAUUCAUACUAAAACUAAGUACACUUAUUACUAUGGGAAGAGGAAAAGAAUCAUUAAGCCACCAAUAGGAGAAAAUAACAACAUGAAAAGCGGACACAUCAAGCCAGCCAGACGCAGGAAAAGGCGGAAAUCCAUCUUUGUGCAGAAGAAAAGGAGGUCGUCAGCUGUUGAUUUGAAUGCUGUGGGCUCUGCAGAAGAGAGUGAAGAUGACGAGCCAGAUGUGAUGGAGGAUGAGACAGGAAGUGAGGAAACCAGCUCAGAGCUCCGGGAUGACCAGACAGAUACCUCCUCCGCUGAGGUCCCCUCCACCAGACCCAGGCGAGCAGUCACCUUAAGGAGCAGUACUGAGUCAGACAGACCUCCUCCCAUGGAGAGAGCCCGACGGAGCCGGAGACCACAACCCCAUUCCUACAGUGAGGCAGAGAAGUGUACUCAGGUCAAGGAAGAAAUUAAGCAAGAAGAGGAGGAGAAGCUCAUCCUGGACAGUAAUCCAUUGGAGUGGACUGUGACUGAUGUCGUGAGGUUUAUUAAACUGACGGACUGUGCACCCCUUGCCAAAAUAUUUCAGGAGCAGGACAUCGAUGGCCAAGCCCUUCUGUUGCUGACACUGCCCACUGUGCAGGAAUGCAUGGAGCUGAAGCUUGGUCCAGCCAUCAAACUGUGUCACCAGAUCGAGCGAGUAAAAGUUGCUUUCUAUGCACAAUACGCCAACUGACUGCACUUCCCCAUUUUUUUCUGUUCUCCUUCUUGUUCCCUCUCUUUUUUAACAUUUCAACUUGUUCAAGGUUGGUUUUUUUCCCUUUUUCUUUUCCAAGAACAUGUGGAAUUGGAAGCACUGGGAAUUUAUCUGGAGGGAAGAAAAAACCCAAUAAUCUGCAAGAGAAAACUAGCAACAAAUUGGACUAAUUUUUCUGUACUUGUAAAGCACACUAAAAGACUGCUGGCAUCUCUCCUCAAGGGCCUCGCCAGCCUAUCAGUGGUGCAAGGCCAGCACAGA